CCCCAUCCGACCGAUUGUAUUUGUGUGCAUCACUGCCCCUCUCCUCAGCUCUUCAAGGAAGCGGCCAGAGGAAGGCAAAAAGCAGUGAUGGGCUGACUGACUGACUGUAGUACGACGGGUGGGGGGGAAUCGAAUCAACCCAAACACAACACAACAGGCAAUGCACUGAUUGCAUUGCCCCCGCCCGGCCCGUCCACCGCUGCCCAUCGAUCCCCCGCUACUCCUGGAGACUGCGAGGUCAGAGCAGUGGUGGACUGACUGACUGGCGAGGGAAUGCGCUGCGGUGACAAAAAAGACCGACCGACAAACGACGACAGCUAUCCAUCCACCUCUGCCACACACAUACAUCUUCCAAAAGGAUGACGGACGACAGCAAGCCCCCCAACCAUAAGCACAGUCGACCGACACACCGAGUGCCCCCGACGCCCAACAGAUGAAACACAAAAGAUGGAGAACCGACCGAUCGACGACGACAUUAUGAACGCCACGACAGACACCACACGCGGCAUCCAUCCGACCAACCAGCCAGCCAGCCAGCAAAUCUGUCUGUCUGUCUGUUUGUCUGUUGCGGCAUACAGCACCAUGCGGACACCUACACCUGCCCGACUGUGUGUUGUCCUGACGUGUGUGUUUGAUCCAGCCCGGCCAGCCCUCGUGUGUGCUGGGAGCAGGGGGUAGGGAUGAGUGGUGGAUGGAAGGAAAGAUACCGUACAGUCAGUCACUCGGCACCCGGGCAGACGACAAAUGAGCGGAACCAGCCACACGACGCACUCACAAAUUGGCGGGGCAGACAGACCAAACAAGAUACUCACACCAUACACACACACACGACAAUCAGCACACGCAGGGCAGUCAAACGACGACAAAUCACAAACAAAGAGCGGGACAAAUCGAGCCAUACCAAAAAAGAGGUACGCGUGUCAGUCUGAUACGUUUGGGUGGGGGUGGGGGUGACAGAGACAUCACAGCGUAACGGUUCGCUGAUGUUGGAAAAAAACACCAUCACACAAACCGUUGGCUGGCAGGCAGACCAAACACUCAUAUCAGCCAUAUCUCUCUGGUUCUCUCACACCCAACCUUACACCCAGGCCGUUAGAGAGAAUGCAUCCCAACCCCCUUAUUGUCCCUAUCAGUCUGUCCGUCUGCCGGGGGUUUGCUACCUGUGAGUGUGUGUUGGUUUAGUUGUGUGUGUGUCCCUCCCGGCACCAGCCGCAGCACAUGCCCUCCGGGAAGAGGAACGACCACACCUUGCCCCAGAAGCCCGUCUGCUGCUGGGUCCCUCCCUGCGUGCCGUCCUCGGUCGUCGGCUCGCUGCCCGUCUCGGUGUCCUCCUUCUGCAGACGCUGGUCCUCGCCAGACACAAACACACUCUCUGCACACACACAUACACAUGCCGCAUCGUCUCGCACUUCCAUCUCGUGUGUGACGACAUAGAAGGCCACUCACCUUUCGAAACGGUGGGCAGGUUGGGCGUCUUGGUGCUUACGCAGUGCAGCGGGCGAGCCGACAGACGGCGGGAGGCACGCUUGGUGCGUCCCUCGGUGGUGGCGGUGGCCGAGCCGACGGUGAAAACGCCCGCACCGUUGCCCGCCGCCUGGUGGUCCGAUGGCUGGUCGUCGAAACGCAGAGGUGGCAACUCUGCACACACAAGGGAGAGAGGAGAGGGAACGGAUCUGCAGAGUGAGAAGGUGUUUCUGUUAGGCAGUGCCACUGACCGAUGGUGUGUUCUGUGCCUUUGGACGCCUUGGCGGGGCGGAAGGCAUACCCCAUACCCAGCUUUAUCAGGCUCUUAUCUUGCUCCGUCAUCAGCCAAUCCUUCUCCUCAGACCCCUCCCCCUCUCCCUCGUUAGGACUCCCGUACAACGACAUCUUCUCGAACAUGCCACCGUAGAGCUGUUGGAGCCAACACACAGACACACCACAUUCACACACAUACGCACACGACACACGCGUCACGUCCAGAUCGGUGUCUGCCCACCUGGUGCUCCUUGGCCUUCUGCUGCUGCAUGCGGUGGGCCAGGAGGGCCAUCUCGGCGUCGGCCUCCUUGCCGUAGCUCUCGUGUGACGCCUUCAGCUUGCGCAGGUCGGCCACGGCGCCAUCGAAGUCGCCAGACAGCCGACGGGCGCACGCGCGACGCAACAACGCCUGCAGACACAUUCACACACACACACACACAUAUGAAUGAAUGCAUUCAUCUCUCGUUGUGCUGUGGUCACCUUCGGGUGUGUAUCAUCGUGGGCCAGCAGCAGGUCGGUGUAGGUGAGGGCCUCGUCCAGCAAGUCGGCCUUGAGGCUGGCCAGGGCCGAGUUGCUCCACACGCUCAUGGUGAGCUGCUGCACCUCCUCGGUGUGGGCCAUCCACGACUUCAUGUCGACGGACUUGACCGACUCGAGUGCCUCCAUGGCCUUCUUGUACUCCGUCAGCGCCGCCUUGGGGGCCUUCUUGGCCAUCAGGUUGUUGCCCUCGGCCUUGUGGGCCCUGGCACUGAAGAACGAAAGGCACACAGACCGGUGGAAUGGGAUGGUGCAGUGCCUCAUUUGUCGUUGUAGCGUACGCUGCCAGGUGGCUCCCCAUCAAAUCCGAUGCGCCGGAACUUAUGAUGCCAUCACCACCUGAUAACGCAUACGCAAGCGCAAAGGCAUCCCAUUGCAAACCCAUGGACGAGCAUCACGGACGUACAGUGCAGUCAUCCCCUCUCACCAUGCCCAGUGGCCCUCCCCGCAUCUUUGGUGCCAGUGGCACCUCCCGCGUACUCGUCACGGUCCGCCAUGGCGGCGCAAGGUCUCGCACUCGCUCGACGAAGGGACAAGGGAUCGGCAAGGACGGCUGGCGCAGACUUCAAUGAACGUUAUCAAAAGCGAUACAGUCAGCAACUCAACGGCCUCGAGAGAGCAUCAGCUGCCUUUUUC